GCGCCCCGCCGCCAUGUGGCUCUCGGCCCUGCUCCUCGGCGCCUUCCUGCUCUCCGGCCCGGUGCGCGGCAGCGACGGCUCGGCUUCUACUGCUAUCACGUGCUUUACAAGAGGACUUGACCUUAGAAAGGGGACAGAAGAUGUCCUUUGCCCAGCAAACUGUCCUCUGUGGCAAUUUUAUGUCUUUGGGGAUGGAGUUUAUGCCUCUCUUUCGAGUGUCUGUGGAGCUGCCAUACACAGUGGGGUGAUUACCAACACAGGAGGAGCUGUAAGGGUACGGACUCUCCCAGGACAGGAACACUACCCUGCUGUAAAUGCUAAUGGAAUCCAGUCUCAGGUGCUCUCUAAAUGGGCUUCGUCUUUCUCAGUGACUGCAGGUACCAAGGACACAGCACUUGAAGCAGUGGGACGAUCGGUGUCAACAGCCCGUCCUUCCACAGGUAAAAGACCUAAGAAGACUCUUGAUAAAAAGGCUGGAAACAAAGACUGUAAAGCUGAUAUUGCCUUUCUCAUUGAUGGAAGCUACAACAUUGGCCAACGUAGGUUUAACUUGCAGAAAAACUUUGUUGGAAAAGUAGCUGUAAUGUUGGGAAUUGGAACAGAAGGGCCUCACGUUGGGGUCGUACAGGCCAGUGAAUAUCCAAAAAUUGAAUUCUAUCUGAAAAACUUUACUGCUACAAAAGAAGUUUUGUUUGCCAUAAAGGAAUUAGGGUUCAGAGGAGGCAAUUCCAAUACAGGCAAAGCUUUGAAGUACACAGCUCAGAAAUUCUUCUCUUUGGAAAAUGGAGCACGGAAGGGAAUUCCCAAGAUCAUUGUAGUGUUUCUGGAUGGCUGGCCCUCAGAUGAUCUAGAAGAAGCCGGCAUAAUGGCCAGAGAAUUUGGAGUCAACGUGUUCAUUGUGUCUGUAGCAAAACCCACAACAGAGGAGCUGGGAAUGGUACAAGACAUUGGCUUUGUUGACAAAGCUGUCUGUCGAAACAACGGCUUCUUCUCUUACCAAAUGCCCAGCUGGUUUGGUACUACCAAAUACGUAAAACCUCUUGUCCAAAAACUGUGCUCACACGAGCAGAUGUUGUGUAGCAAGACUUGCUACAACUCAGUGAACAUCGGUUUCCUGAUAGACGGUUCCAGCAGCAUUGGAGAGAGCAACUUCCGCCUCGUGCUUGAGUUCGUGAGCAACGUGGCAAAGGCUUUUGAGAUCUCUGACAUCGGCUCCAAGGUGGCAGCCGUGCAGUUCACCUACAGCCAGAGAACAGAGUUCGGCUUCACCGACUACGUCACCAAGGAGAAGGUGCUCUCGGCCAUCCGCAGCAUCCAGUACAUGAGCGGCGGCACCGCUACUGGCGAUGCCAUCUCCUUCACAACCAGGAAUGUGUUUGGGCCAGUGAAAGAUGGACCUAACAAGAAUUUCCUCAUUGUUCUGACUGAUGGUCAGUCUUAUGAUGAUGUUAGAGGACCUGCUGCAGCUGCACAAAAAGCAGGAAUAACAGUCUUCUCUGUUGGUGUUGCCUGGGCACCUCUGGAUGAUCUGAAAGACAUGGCUUCUGAACCAAGAGAAUCUCAUACUUUCUUCACCAGGGAGUUCACAGGAUUGGAGCAGAUGGUUCCUGAUAUUAUUAGAGGCAUCUGUAAAGACUUUUUGGACUCUAAACAAUAAAAAAUCUGCUGUUCACUAUUACUAUUUGAAACUAAAAAUCAUGACAUUGAAAUGGUCCCUCUAAAGUACCGAUGUUUUAUUCUUAUAUAUGCUAUCACAAUACAGAGGAAGAAGGGCUACUUUUUGUUUCUGUAAUCAGCCAAAGAUUCUUGUGAGCUUGUUAGAAGUUGUUCUUGAUCCUGAAGUGCAGAAUUUGGCCAACAGUUAAUACUUUCAACAAGCAUAUAGCAUCCUGACGUUCAAAGCUUUGCAUAUCGUGCCCCUAAGAACAGCAGAUACUCAGAGGAAAUAAUACAGCUCUGACACUUUUUCUGACACUUGCUGGAUACCUUCUUAGGAGUUAAAAAAAAUAUAACUUUAAAUACAAGGUACUACCUUCUAUAAGCUUUCUGUAGCUUACAAUUCUACAUAUUUUCAAAGAGUUCUCUGAUAACAGAAAGUAGUUUCAGCGCUCCUGUUGUGCAACAUCCAUUAUUGCCAGGCAGCUUAAGAAAAUAUAUGACAGAUUGUAGCUGAAAGAGUCUAUUUUUGCUAGCUGGGGUUUUGCUGGAUCUGGUUGGCAA